AUGGUGACAGACGGCGACAACGGCGGUCUAGGUUGGGUGGGUCAUGGCCGACCAGCAGCAGGCAGUCCAUGGCGGCGGCGGCCAGAUUUGCGCCGGGACAGCUGCGACUCAUCCUCAAGAUUCGGUUUGGUUUGCUUGCUUUUCCCACUGCCUGCAGUCCUGCUUUUCAUCCUCACGAUUGAAGAGGAGCAUGGAUUGCUUUCCUCUUCAGUCUCUUCUUCUUCCCUCCCAUUAUUCCUUCAACGAUGUUCCUCUUCGAUUUGUUUGUGCAGCAUCACUAACUCAACUCCAUGCAUAUGCAGAUGCAGGGGGAGGAGAGGACCGCUACUUUGA